AUGGAAGGAUCGUCAACAAGCAGCUGGGACGAGACGAAUGGGUUAAAGAAGGGGCCAUGGGCACCGGAAGAAGAUCAGAAGCUCGUGGAUUGCAUCCAAAAGUAUGGACAUGGAAAUUGGAAAGAGGUUUCGAAGCUUGCCGGACUCAAUCGGUGCGGAAAGAGUUGCAGGUUAAGGUGGACUAAUUAUCUACGUCCCGAUAUCAAGAGAGGAGCCUUCUCCGAGGAAGAAGAACAAACAAUCCUCGAACUUCAUGCACUUCUAGGAAACAAGUGGUCAGCCAUAGCAAGUCAUCUACCGGGACGAACUGAUAACGAAAUCAAGAACUUUUGGAAUACACAUUUGAAGAAGAAACUACUUCAAAGGGGGAUAGAUCCAACCACCCAUAUGCCUAGAAUUGAUAAUCUCCUCAUGAAUUCCCUUGCAAAUAUUCCACCUGAUCAGCUUCUUGUAGCUGCAAAUAAUUUGUGCAUUAACAAUGUUCUAGCAUGCCAAUAUUCAACUAGUGCUACAGAACUUGCCAAAAUGUUAUACUUAGCCAAGACGCUUCCUCGUAGAAGCAGCAGCUAUCAGAUGAUACAAAGAAAUUCAGAAAGAUUAUAA